CCAGAAGCAAGCGAGCAGUUCUAAGCUCUACGUCGUCAAUAUUUAAAAUUGACGUUUGAUGCCACAUUUACUGAAGCUAAGUGAUCCCGCUACGUCUCCGCGAACCGUAUCAACGGCGGUACCUGGCGGUACUUAAGAACUCCAUGCUUUUUGAUUCAGGAAGUUGGCCAAAUCAUUUGUCCGUGAAAUGAUGUAGUGCAGAUGAUGAUAGCGAUGCUACUUGGUUGUUUUUGAGGAUUCGAUCUGUUUUCCACGCCUAUGCGGGUUUGCGGCGCUGGUGGUGAUCAUUUAAUCACUGCUGUGUAGCGUUAGCGUUGCUGCAUGGAGGUUACGGGUUAUGGUUCUGCGACAAUACUGCAGCGCUCCCAGUAACUGCUGGUGAGACGAGCUCCUGAAGAAGCGGUGCCGCCGAAGUUGGAAACGAGGUUGACAGCAGUGCGCUAUGAGUGAAGAGGACCCUGUGAUACAAACCAACAUUGAUGCCACUUCGAGCAAAAGGGAUGCGGUUACGAAGGGCUACUGGCACGAUCCUUACAUACAGUACUUUGUCAAGGCAACGGAACGCAAGACACCUGAGAUCAGCCGCGGCUACUAUGCCAGAGUUCAGGGUGUCAAAAUGCUCUUGGACAAGUUCCUCAAGGUCUGCGGUCCUGAGUGCCAAAUCGUCAAUUUGGGUGCGGGCUUCGACACCUUGUUUUGGCGGCUCAUGGACGAGAAAGCGCAGUUUAAGAGCCUCGUAGAAGUAGACCUACCUGCUGUCACCACACGCAAGUGCUACUACAUCAGACUGCGCAAACAGCUCCUCAAAGGCAUAGCCACUGAAGAUGCGUUUAACCAGCUGCUGAUCCAUCGUGCAUCAGGUGUUAGCACACCAACCUUGGAUGAUGAUGUCCGGGUCAGCGCUUCAGACUUGCAUGCUGGCCACUACCACCUGGUGGGCUGUGACCUGCGCGAGCUUGAUGUGUUCGAAGCCAAGGUGGUGCACGAGUCUGGACUAGACCUUAAGCUGCCUACAAUGUUCAUCGCAGAGUGUGUUCUUGUCUACAUGAGUUGCGACGAGUCAUCGGCACUCCUGUCCUGGAUCACACGCAACUUCCCGAAUGCAGUGCUCGUUUCCUAUGACCCCGUCAACAUGGCUGACAAGUUUGCCGAGGUGAUGGUGGAGAACCUAAAGCAGCGCAAUUGCCUUCUAGCGGGGCUGCAGGCAUGUACUACCAUCAAAGCUCAGGAGGAAAGGAUUCGCCAGUCAGGCUGGGAAGUGUGCAAAGUCUGGACUAUGAACCAGGUCUACCAGUCAUUCCCUGCCCUGGAAUUACACAGGGUGGAGAAAUUGGAGAUGCUGGACGAACGGGAGCUAUUGGAUCAACUGUUGUCCCACUACUGCCUCUGCGUAGCGUACAAGGGUGGAGGUGUGCCCUCCAAGUUUGAGCAGCUGUGUUUCCCACUUGACAGCCACUGAUGUGCCAACUGUUGUGAACAAAAACUGUCAGACUUGGUUUGGUGCCUAUCCUGUCUGGGCAGCACAUGUGGACAUCUCAUGUGGCAUAUGUGUUGCCUAGGGAAUUGGAAGUAGCACUGAAAACCUUUUGGGGGCGGGGAUCAGAAUGUGGAAGAAAAUGAAGUGCAUUACAUUACUGUGUGCUCAUAAAUGCAGUAUCCCAGUGAUAAAUUUGUUGGUUACCGCACAUUCGUUUCAUUACAGCACUCCCAUUUUUGUUGCUAACAAAGCAGGUUUCCUGUGCUUUGCUGGGGCGUGCUUGUUGGUGUAUGAGUUUUGCCCACUGUAUAGUUUUAUGAACCUACCGCAGCACAGCCUGCUUAAUAUUCGGUCUACCUUGGUUUCUAUGCCAUUCAAGUUACAUGGCACAACAUUGUGAUCCUGUGAAAGUUGAUGUCAGAAGCAUUAUUAAAGCAUGUGCAAACAACCAA